AUGGCCUCCAAUCUAACCCUCACAUUCAUCGGAUGCGGAAACAUGGGCUCCGCAAUUCUCAGCGGCAUCCUCGAUGCCUCAACAUUAACAUCAACCCAGAUACCAUGCCCAUUCUCCCGCAUAAUAGCCUGCACAAAGACGCCCCAAUCCGCGGAAAGGCUGGCAACCCGAUACAAGGACCACAAAUCACCAAUUACCCUCGACUUCCUCGCAGACUCCAACACGUCCGCCGCGUCGCAAUCCGACGUCGUCAUCCUCGGCUGCAAGCCGUACCUCGUUGACGCGGUUCUUGCUGAACCCGGGCUCGCGGAUGCGCUGGCGGGGAAGUUGGUGAUUAGUAUCAUUGCCGGGAAGACGAUCAAUGUUCUCUCUGAAGCGAUUUCCAAGAACCAAAGCCAGGCCUCGGCAGCGGGGACAGUCGUCGCGCGCGCAAUCCCCAAUGUCGCGGCUAGUAUUCGCGAAAGCAUGACGGUUAUUGAACUCCCGUCACCCUCACCAUCAAAGGAGAACAGCGAGAUCAUCACGUGGAUAUUCUCGCAGAUUGGUCAGACGAAGAUUAUUAGUCCGGACCUGUUUGAUUGCGGAUCCAUGCUGAUGGCCUCCAUCGCAACGAUGUCCGUUGCCGUCGACGGGAUCCUGGACGGUUGCGUGGCGGAGGGGAUGAAGAGGUCUGAGGCGAGCGAGAUGACGGCGCAGUGCUUAUUGGGACUGGCGAAGUUGUUGCAGGAAGGGCAACAUCCUGCUAUGCUGCGUGAGAGUAUUUCGAGUCCGAGGGGGUGCACGAUUCAGGGGCUGCUCGCUGUUGAGAAGGCCGGGGUUAGGAGUGCGUUUGCGGAGAGUGUGAUUGCGGGUACGGAACAUUUGAAGAAAUUACAGGGGAAGGAGAAGGAGUAG